AUGGAAAUUGAAGACAAGGAAGCGAAAGCCGGAGUUUUCCCAUCUGGCCGGUAUCCGUUUAGUGUGUUGAGCUCUACAAUGGGCUACAGGAUAAGAGCUGGCUUCUUUGUUCUUAUAUACUUUUUAGGACUAUCCGAAUACCACAAUGCUACACAACUCAGUAUAAAAUCAACUGCGGCCAAAGAAGUUGUGACGAGGGAGGAGGAUGUGAGGGUGGAGACGGAACUGAGAGAACAAGUUGUGCUUCGUGAGGACGUGCCACUCGCCGGAGCUGGGUGUAACUGUCUUUGCAGCAACAUCCUCGAACGUAUUCAGUCGUUUUCGGCGCGCAUUCGACCUUUUCCGGCGCGUUUCCGAACGUAUAAUCAGGUGCAAAGAUAUGAGACGCGGAAGACCCAUCGGAUGAGUUCUGGAUAUAGUCGGAAAAGCGUAGAGACUGUCGGAUGUAUUAGUGAAAAGACAAUUUUGCCCCUCGAACACAAACAGAGGUUUAACAGUCUUAACACAGACGCCCCCCGCGCCCUCCUAUCCUCUCUCCUCUCAAUCUCUAAAGCAAUCACCACCGCUUGCUCUCUCCCCGAGACCCUCGCCUCCGUCGACGAUGCUAUGAUGCUGUGGAAGCGUCUCUACGGGAAUGAUUUGUGGGCGCAUCACAGUGAUCAGCUGGAAGGUUUAAAUGAGGAUUUUAGCAAGAUGUUGAGUGCGAAUGCUGAGUUUAAGGCAUUCAUUGGAAUGGGAGAGCCGCUUCACAACAUUGACAAUGUUAUUAAAGCUGUAGACAUUAUGGUGGAUGAUCAAGGCCUUCAUUUCAGUCCUCGCAAGAAGAUAACUGUUUCAACAAGUGGGCUUGUCCCCCAGCUGAGGCGUUAUCUCAGAGAAUCUAAUUGUGCUUUAGCUGUUGGUUUGAAUGCAACUACAGAUGAGGUCAGAAAAUGGAUCAUGCCAAUAAACCGGAAGUACAAUAUAGGGGUGCUUCUUCAGACUCUUAGAGAGGAACUUCGCUUCAAGAAUAACUACAGAGUUCUUUUUGAAUAUGUAAUGCUGGCAGGAGUAAAUGAUAGCAUUGAGGAUGCAAGAAGGCUUGCUGAUCUGGUUCAGGGAGGCAAUCCAUGCAAGAUCAACCUCAUCACAUUUAAUCCUCAUAGCGGAUCCCAUUUCAGACCAACCAGUGAUGAGAAAAUGGUGGAGUUCAGAAAUUAUUUGGCCGGGGCAGGCCGUGUGGUUUUCAUGCGGCCGAGUAGAGGCGAUGAUCAGAUGGCGGCCUGUGGUCAGCUUGGCAAACCUGGCGAAAUCCAGGCUCCCAUCCUCUGUGUCCCAAAAGUUCAAAACAGCGACCCAGGUGGUAGUGUGAUUAUCUGAACAUCAUUCUCCUGAAGCCUACUG